GUUACAAUGAACUCAUAACAGUGCAUACAGACAGUUUGUAAAAGAAUAGUCAUGUCACAUGACACAGUUCCACUAAUACCAUGAUCUGUUUACGCAUCGUCAUGGGUAGUUUCCAACAGCGUGUUUAAGUUACCCCGAUAUUCUGCCCGGAGUCACUCUCAAAGAAGACACCAGUCUAAAUACAACGUGCUCGUUUUUAAACAGUAUUCAAUCUCCUUGCGUCAACUCGACAUUUUGUUGUGAACGGCUAAUAUCGUGACAAGAUGGCGACAUGCAAAUCAAGUAGUCAGACUGGUCUUGACAGUUGGCAGAGCAGAAAAUCUCUUUCAGAAUGUCUUAGAUAUUCUCUUGAAAAUAAAAUGUUCACUAACGUGACAUUCAAGGUGGGGAGAGAACAGAAGAACGUCCAGGCUCACAGACAGAUACUCAGUAUCCGCAGUGGCGUGUUCGAGGCCAUGUUCUACGGACCAUUGGCAGAGCAGGAUGAGAUCGUCAUUCCGGAAGUAGAACACGACAUAUUUGAACAGUUUCUAAGGUACCUCUAUACAGAUGACGUCACAAUGGAUGGUGCCAGUGUAAUGGGUUUGUUGUAUGUAUCAAAGAAGUAUGACGUUAAAACCCUGGAACAGAAGUGUCUGACGCAUUUGUUGUCAUCGAUGACGUCAGACAACGUCUGUGUGAUACUGGAACAGGCCCACGUGUUUGAUGAGGAGGAAUUGAAAGAAAAAGCUCUGACCUUUAUUUUGGAAAAUGGAGAUGCCACUCUAAAAUCAUCUGGAGUUACCGACCUUUGUCACGAAUGCUUGGUUAAGAUCAUACAAGCGGAAGAACUGGUGGCCGAUGAAAAAUCUGUCUUUGAAGCUGUUGUGGCGUGGAGUGAGAGGGCGUGCAAGAAACAGAACAAAGAUGUAACUCACGAAAACAGACGUCAAGUGAUUGGGGAAGGCAUAAUGCACGUGCGGUUUCCCUUACUUGACCACAAGUAUUUCGCGAAAAAAGUACCACCAACAAACAUGCUGACUGACAAAGAAAUAAUCAAGAUCUUCACACAUUGCGCAUGUCCUGAUGAAAACGUUUCACCAUUUAACGCCAACAAACGCACGGGUGUUAUUCGUGAAGAUAAAAUUAUAAUACAGCGCUUCGCCGGACUUCAUGGUGGUUUCUCAUGUCUUAAUAAUAAAGAUCAUGGAAUUAUGUUUUCAGUAAACCAAGACGCGUCACUACUAGGAUUCCAGUUGUAUGGUCCCUGUGAACGAACCACUGCAAAUUAUGACGUCAGAGCUUUUAUAACUGACCCGACAACAGAUGACGUAAUCGAAGGUUCGUCAGUGACAACGUCGGUCUCAGUCGCAGCUGGGACGACAACAUAUGACGUGGAGUUUCCACGACCCCUAAAAGUGAGCAAAGACAAGAAGUGCAAUCUGAUUGUUAACAUCGAUGGACCUGACUCACACUGGGGGUAUCCGGGCAGAUCUACAGUACAGAACGGGUCGUUUGUGUGCUCGUUCUUCAAGUGCCAGAAAUCCAAACACGGUAACAAACUAAACCUAUGUACAGAUGUGAAUCAAGGACAGAUACCUGGUUUGAUGUUCUUAGUAUGACAACCUGUAGUUGGAGAUUAUGUUAUAGUAGAGUAGUGUUAGUAUGGAGUCAUCUUCCUAGUAGUAGCUGGUGGGACCUUCUCUAACAGUUCAGUUAGUAGAGCAUUGGAUUCUUAUAAAUCAGUGCUCGAAAUACUGCCGUCCCGACCACUUUUUGCCGGUGAACGUCACCACGGGCUGGGAAAUAUGUUUGUCUUUAUAUUUUAUGAUCAUGUUUUGUCUGGUAGGUUUUGACUUAGUCCAGCAUAAUUUCUGGUUUCCAGGAAUUUCAGCCAAUUUCGACCCCUGUGUAUAAAUGGUCCGUGGUUCCACCCCAUUCAGUAUUGGUUGCUUUACAUGUAAAUGUUACAAUUUGUGGCCCAGAGGCCCGGGACAUACAUUGACUUGAGGGUGUAGUAGUGUUGGUAUAAUGUCCUCCUCCUGCGCAGUAGCCAGUUAAAUGUAUUUUGUUAGCUCUGUUGGUAAAGCUUAGAUACAGAAAUACAUAUGUAUGUACGAGUGCACGCGCGUGCACACACACACACACACACGCACACACACACACACACACACAUAUAUAUAUAUAUAUAUAUAUAUAUAUAUAUAUAUAUGCAUGCACACGCACACCGACAGACACGCACACAUACAUACACUUGCACAUUGUUUAGCCAUUCCUAAUAAUGCGUGGGAAAAGGUCUCACAUCAGUAUACAUUUGUGCACGAUAUUUACCUGUCAUUAAAUGUAUCAUUUCUACACGAUAUUUACCCGUUUUGUUGUUCACCGAAAUAAUAACUGCAUCAAAGACACCGCACGUAUAGGUUAUUGUAUUUGUUAAAACCUCCUCCAACUUAUAUUAUAUUUUAAAAAAACCCUCCAAAAAAAAAAAAAAACCCCACAAAAAAACAACCCCAAACAAACAAAAGAAACAAAACAAAAACAAAACAAAAAACAAUAAAACCCCCAAAACAAAACUGAAUCUAAUUGUUGAAAAAUGUUGUGGCAUUCCUUGAAACGAUUUUAACACACGUAAAGGCAAUGAUACACACUGGCGUAGCCAAGAUGAUAUAGUGGAGGUGGGGGAUGGGGGAACCCAUAUUGUAUGUAUGAUUUUAUAAAAUGAAAUACAGUUGAAACAAAUCAUGGGGGGUGGGGUGGAGUGCCCUCUCCUACGUCACUGAUGUGGAAUUAGCUGAUGUACACCAUAACUUUACAUUGAAGCAACUAUUAGUCCGUGCAUUUGGCCAACCGCUAUGACGUUGGUUGAAGGCCUUAAAUAACGGAGAAUUAUAUAUUUUUCAUGUAUUGGUUAUUGUAAUUUGUAAAUUUUGGUUUUUGUGCGUGUAAUCUUUAAAUUUAAAAUUGAACACAUGUUGUUUUAUGUUUAAAUUUUACCUUAUGCAUUUUUUCAUAUACCAUCAACGUCCCAUCCUGCGUUCACCUAACGACAAAAACACGAAUACGAUAUUUACGGAAAUACUAUUUUACAUUUUUCAGCUACGAUUCAUGAAACGAUGCGUGGAACAAAAUAGAUUGGAAUCAGUUAACGCGAGAAAUCAACAAUGUGGACGCAAAACAAAUCCAUUCUAGUAAAUACAAAUGAAGCACACUCCAGUAAACAGAAAAGAGUGCAACGUGUCUAACUGCGUUCAGGCGCAUGCAUUUGCAAAAAGUAUCGUCUAUGCAUGUUUUCCAUUUAUAAGGCCACUACAUGAAAAAUACAUGUUUCUUAACUAUGCACAGUUGACGAACACUUUCAUAUGUUUUUAAAAUGAGAAAUUCAGUUUACAAGCGUUCUGGUCCGGUCCGCGUUUUACCAACACCCAUCGCGAACACUACUGGGAUGUCAAUACGAAUAAGCAUUACGUUCAUACCAGUGAAUAGUUUGUAAAAUAUAUAUAUAUAUUUUUAAUUAAUUGCUUCUUUAUUAACACAAUUUAUACACUCAAAAUUAUUUACAAUUGUUAUGAAUGGAUUAUCACUACAGUAGAGGCAUACAAAUGUUGCAUAUCUUUUGCAGAUCGAAUAUAAUAAUUGAAAACAAAUUCUAACAACAGGCGGCUUAAAAAGCAUAAAAAAUAAAUGAUUUGGCCUUGUUGAUCUGGCACAUAUGAGGUCAUGUGACACGCACCGAAUGAUAAUGCAUCAUUUUCCAUUUUAAGUCAAUUUCUACGAGUCAUGUGGACCCGAUAUCGGUAAUUUUAUGGAAUAAAUAAAAACGACUUAGCAAAUUUAAUGGUUUUUAGGGUUUGUAAAGUUUUGAGUUUUGUAUUGAGAUACUUACUUUUCUGAACUUUAUUGUUAAUGAAAAUGUUCACGAACUGUGAAGAAAAAACUCACAAAUGAACGAUAAGCAGACGACAACAAAUCGGAUGUUGAUUUCACGAAUCGUGCACGAGAAAACAAACCGAACGGAGUUGGAAGCAUAACGCAGUUAAGGACGUUGACGAUAAAUGUAACAUAUUAAUGAUACAGUAAUUCUUAUAUGUCGUAAUUAUGGUUAUUAUAAGAAUAAUAAAUGUAUCUCACAAU